CCAAGCCACAGCAAGCUAGAUGUUUUGACAUGGGCUGCUUGUGAUGAGAACCUUGGCCGUUUGUGGCAUGUGCUCUUAUGGAUGAGGCUCCAUCGCUGCCCUCCUUGCGCUCGGCCAGGCUCCUGCUGGCCCAGCAGAAGGCCUUCGCGGCAGACUUGGAGCGUCGCUUGUCAGCCAUUCAGGCACGUCUCAUUGAAGUCCCGAUUGAUGCUGUCGAGGAGUGCUCCCAGCGAGAGGAGUCUCGCCAUCAGCGUUUGGCAGAGGCGCUAUGUCUCAGUGAACAGGAAGCUGCAGAGGCUGCAGCUGAGCGUGAUUUGCUGCGCCAAGAGCUUCAGGAAGCCAACAGAGCUGUGGCAACGACGCCCCAAGCUGCACAGUUGGCCCAGGAGCUCCGUGACGCGGAAUUGGCCCAGCGAUGCUGGUGUGAAGAGCUGCAGGAGGUUCGGCAACUGCAAGCAGGCUUGGAGAGUAGCCUGAGUCAGUGCAAGGAAGAAGCUUCUAGUGAGGCUGCUGAGAGCCAACGCUUGCGCAAAUGCCUUGAAGAACGAGGCUGUGGCUUGAGCUGGUUGCGAGGCAUAGCGCGGUCUCAUGUGGAAGAUCUGCAGGGCAGUGCUGAUGGCUAAGCUUUCCCCUGCUGGGCAGUUGGAGAGAGUUGUCAACUCUUUGGCGGGGCAUAUACUUUCAACUGGAUUUCAAUCACACUGUGUUUGACAGUGCAUUCUUGUGGGUCGGCAAAGGGAAUGCAACUCAACUGCGUCCAGCAAGCUCUCCUUUUUGUAGGUUACCUCGCUGGACAACCAUUUGCAUCCUGCGCUGCAGGCAUCUUUGGGCUCCGAUGGUGGUUGAGCUGGGGGAGGCGUCGCUAUGCAGAAUGGGAUCACUUGAUGACUGUUUCACCGCUUCAGGCUUCUGCACUUAAUGCUGAAACCAGAGAGGUCAAGACCCUCAAGAACCUGAAGAUCCGGAUUUUCACACUCGGACCGGAUUUUCCAUUCUGCCGUGUGCAUGCGUUCUGAGAAUUUGUCUAGCAUUUGCAUACUCUUGAUCUUUGAACCCAUGCUCACGCUCGGGCUUUGCUAGACUGUAAUGCAGUCUGGAACACAUAUUUUGAGUUCUCUUUCAAACAGUCUUAGUGUACAUUGGUAGGAUCCUUGGCGGUGGGUUACCACAUCGUGGUUGCAAUGCAUCGACCCAACUGGGUAUUGGUGAGUGCACGGUGCUGCAAGAGUCAUCGACCAGUGCACUUGAAGACUGAGACAUGGAGGGGAUGCAAAAAGGCUUGGAAAUCAGAUGCCUUUUGAGGCCAUCGCUACUGCACUAGAAUGAAGGCCAUCGCUACUGGGUUGGAG